GCCCUCUCGUGAUUUCCAUCCAAGAUCAUCUCAACUUCUCUCUUGCUUUCCCUCCUUCCCCUCUCUUUCUUCCUCUCUGUUUCCUUCACAAUGCAGACGAUCAGCCUGCUCUUAUUGCUAAUUUGCGCCACUUGUCGCAUUGCCUCAUCCAUCAAAGAUGGUUUAUUGCCAAAUGGGAACUUCGAGUAUGGACCAAAACCAUCAGAAAUGAAAGGAACAAAAGUGGUGAGCCCCAAGGCUAUACCCAACUGGGAAAUCUCAGGGGUUGUAGAGUACAUCAAGUCAGGUCAAAAACAGGGUGACAUGUUGCUGAUAGUACCCGAGGGAGCCUUUGCAGUGAGGUUAGGCAACGACGCCCUGAUUAAGCAGACGAUGAAGGUGAUUAAGGGCAUGUUUUAUUCCCUAACCUUCAGCGCGGCUCGCACAUGUGCUCAAGAGGAACGAUUGAACGUGUCAGUUUCACCAAACUACGAGAAAAAUGACUAUGGUUUAUUCCCGAUUCAAACAAUGUAUAGCAGCAACGGAUGGGAUUCGUAUGCAUGGGCUUUUCAGGCUGAUGAGCCUCUCAUUGAGAUUUCAAUACAUAACCCAGGAGUGGAAGAGGAUGCAGCUUGUGGCCCUCUUAUUGACUCUGUCGCAUUGAAGACCUUGUACCCUCCCAAACGUACCCCUGCCAACCUACUAAAGAAUGGAAAUUUCGAAGAAGGCCCCUACAUCUUCCCAAAUACUUCAUGGGGAGUCCUGAUUCCACCUCACAUUGAAGAUGACCACAGUCCUCUUCCAGGCUGGAUAAUUGAAUCCCUGAAAGCCGUCAAGUACAUCGACAGUGAACACUUCUCAGUUCCGGAGGGGAAACGUGCCAUCGAACUCGUCGCCGGAAAAGAAAGUGCCCUUGCACAAGUGGUGAAGACCACAAUCGGCAGAAGCUACGUCCUCUCAUUCACUGUCGGUGAUGCGAACAACGCAUGUGAAGGUUCCAUGGUCGUGGAAGCUUUUGCAGGCAAAAACACCGUGAAGGCGUCGUAUCAAUCAAAGGGCAAAGGGGGCUUCAAGAGGGCUAUACUUGCAUUCAAGGCAGAGUCGAGCCGCACUCGAAUAAUGUUCUACAGCACGUUUUACACCAUGAAAAGUGAUAACUCGGGCUCUCUGUGUGGACCGGUGUUGGAUGAUGUGAAGCUGCUGAGUGUCCGAAAACUGCAUCAUGUGUAGAACAGUUAUAAACAGUUGCAUAGCCUUUUUGCAACAACGUGGUUUGAUCCUUGUUUUAGGAGGUUAGGAUUCAUGUAACAAAUUAAAGCAAAGAGGGGGCUUAAUUGAGGGAGUCGGCCAAUGUUAUAUUUUAUGUAUCUAUCUUUCUUCAUUAAAUUUAAAUGGUAUAAGCCCAGUUCUUUUUUCAAA